AAAACCUUUUGACAUAAACUGAGAUAAUGAAACAAACAAGCAGCUGCCAAAGUUACUCUUUAACCCAAUUUGCUUUCUUAUACUGCCUCAACAGACGGCUACAGUUUCUACAUGACAUUUUCCGAAGAGCAGCAGCUUUCUGAACUCAGUCAAGGUGCUCCGCCAUCUCCACUGACCAAGUCUUGCAACUCCCUCUGAAGUUUCAGCUCCUCAGCUUUUUUCAUGGUCGGACGGCCUGAGGAAGAGACAAAGAAAACCAAAAGCUGAUGCCAGCUCCGGACGAAGAAGACACUCAUGAUCACCUCUUCGCUGUCGUUGUUGUCAUGGCAACCAUCUGCCUCACGCUGUUCGCUUCAGCGUGCGCAUGCAUACUGUGUCCGCGCGCAAGCCACUUCCUGUGUCUGCGGGCCUGCCCGUCAGUGUGCUCAGCCAGUUGCCAGGUCCUCACCGAGGGCUGCCAGAGGGCGUGGCAUGGAACAGUGUCGGGGGCGGGCCGAUACAUGCUGGUCGUGCCCCGAGGCGCAGAGAAUGAGGGCUUACUUGUGUAGCCUUUGAUCUUUUUUGGCACAAGGAAAAGGGUCCGUGUGGGGGUGGGGGGUGGGGGGAGACAGACAGACUGACUCAACUGACUGACGUUGUUGUAUUUUCUCCAAAUAAAAAAAAUAAAUGAUAUCCAA